AGGUGGGGUCUCUCAGACUAUAAACAACGUGGACACGUUAUUCCAAUCUUACUUUGAUGCUCAUUCAUUUAACAUAUUUGUAUGCAUCCGUUUUCAACUCUCAAAGACUGUGGUGGAGAAUCCAACAAUGCAGACCAUGGAUAUUGAUGACGACAUGUCUCCCAACAAGCCCAGUGUUACAUUUUCAGCUAAUUUUCAGUGGUGGAAGAGACCCUCUGGAGUUGCUGCAGUGUGUCUGGGGCUGCUGUGUGUUCUUCUAUUGGCUGGGAUCAUAGGCCUGUCUGUCUACUAUGGAGUCAUUGAUCAUCACUACUCAACAGAGAGAGACCAACAGACCAGUUACAGCCUUCUGACUAAAGAAGGAGAUCUGCAACCAACCAGUUAUAAUAACUUGACAAAAGAGAGAGACGAGCUACAGACCAGUUACAACACCCUGACUAAAGAGAGAGAUGAGCUACAGACCAGUUAUAACACCAUGACUGAAGAGAGAGACCAGCUACAGAACAGUCUCACCACAAGGACUGCUGAAAGGGAGAAAUUACAGAAUAGUCUUAACUCAAGGACCAAAGAGAGAGACCAGUUGCAGAAUAGUCUAAAUACCAGGACUGCUGAGAGAGACCAGUUGCAGAAUAUUCUAAAUACCAGAACCACUGAGAGAGACCAGCUACAGACCAGUUACAACACCCUGACUAAAAAGAGAGACCAGUUACAGAAUAGUCUCACAACAAAAACUAAGGAGAAAGACCAGUUGCAGAAUUCUCUUACCACAAUAACUCGGGAGAGAGACCAGCUACAGAAUAGUCUCACCAUGAGGACCAAAGACAGGGACCAGCAGCAAAAUAGUCUUAAAGUUAUGACUGCUGAUAGGGAUCAAUUAAAGAAUAGUCUUAACUCAAGGACCAAAGAGAGAGACCAGUUGCAGAAUAAUCUAAAUACUAGGACCACAGAGAAAAACCAGCUACAGAAUAGUCUCACAACCAAAACUAAGGAGAAAGACCAGUUGCAGAAUACUCUCACCACAAUAACUCGGGAGAGAGACCAGUUGCAGAAUAAUCUAAAUACCACGACCACUGAGAGAGACCAGCUACAGAAUAGUCUAAAUACCACAACCACUGAGAGAGACCAGUUUAAAACCAGGCUUAGGUUCUAUGAGAAACCCUGUCUGGAUGGAUGGUGGAGGUUUGGCACCAGCUGUUAUUAUGUCUCCUCCACGAUGAACACAGCUGGGGGCGGUCAGAGGGAGUGCAGAACAAUGGGAGGAGAGUCGGUUAUUAUAAACAGCAGAGAAGAACAGAUAUUUAUCCAUGGAUUUAAGAAGAAUGUCUGGAUUGGUACAUAUAAAAAAGACAGAAUCUGGCAGUGGGUUGACGACACACCAUUUAAACCUACAUAUUGGAUGGAAGGGGAACCUAAUAACUUGAAUGACGAGGUGGCUUGUGUUGAGAUCUCACAGACGGCAUCAGACCCACUGAAGAGUUGGAAGGAUGGACCGUGUAUUCCAAAACACUGGGUGUGUGAAAAACCGUUCACACCGUAGUCUAAUUAUAGUAGCUACUGUAACCCCAUAUCUCAUGGAGUUGUUCUGGUUUUCCCUGUUAUUCUUAAGCUGUUUUUGUUUCUAUGUGGAACUAACUACAUUGAAAGAUGUAUUCCUGUCUUUAAAGAGACCAGAGCUAUGUGGAGUCUACCGUUCAUCAGGCCCAGGGGAGUGGAACUGGGGUCUCGUAGGCUCUAACUGUGGUUUACAUUUGUACCUAUAUGGUGUACAUAACCAAUCUAACAAGAUACUGUUUCAUUGACGUUUUUACAGCUAUCAAUCCAUUUGAAAUGCAGCAGUGUUCUAUGUUUGCUUCCAUUCUGUUCCAUAUGUUCCACGUGUUCAUUCUACUGAUUAAAUACAUCUAUAUACUGUGA